UUUCCUUACCCCUCCCCCUCUCUCUCCAGACGCUUCUCUCUUCUCCUUUUCUGUCCCUCUUCUCCUCGCCCCCGUACCAAACUUCACAACUACAACGACGAGAACGCCUAAACGAGCGCGAUUCUCCAGCGACAACCAAGAGCACAGCCACGCCAAAGCGGCGAAGAGCGAAGGAAAGAAGAAAGUGGCCAUGGGGCUGGACUACUACAAGAUUCUGGGCGUGGACAAGAGCGCCACAGACGACGACCUCAAGAAGGCCUACCGCAAGCUCGCCAUGAAGUGGCACCCAGAUAAGAACCCAAACAACAAGAAGGAGGCCGAGAGCAAGUUCAAGCAGAUCUCGGAGGCAUACGAGGUGCUGAGCGACCCGCAGAAGCGCGCGGUGUACGACCAGUACGGCGAGGAGGGGCUGAAGGGUCAGGUGCCGCCGCCAGGCGCCGGCGGGGCGGGCCCCGGAGGCGCGACGUUCUUCUCCACCGGCGGCGACGGGCCGACGAUGUUCCGGUUCAACCCGCGCAACGCGGAGGACAUCUUCGCGGAGUUCUUCGGCUCUUCCAGCCCCUUCAGCGGCAUGGGCGGCGGCAUGGGGGGAGGGCCUGGCAUGCGGACCGGCGGCACGAGGUUCUCGUCGUCGAUAUUCGGGGACGACAUAUUCAGCUCGGCGUUCGGCGGCGGUCCGGAAGGGCACGGCAUGCACACUGCCGGUCGGGCGGUGAAGACUCCGGCGAUUGAGAGGAAGCUGCCGUGCAGCCUGGAGGAGCUGUUCAAGGGCACAACCAAGAAAAUGAAGAUUUCUAGGGAGAUUGCCGAUGCCAGUGGGAAGACGAUCCCAGUGGAGGAGAUCCUAACGAUCGAUGUGAAGCCUGGGUGGAAGAAGGGCACCAAGAUCACGUUCCCGGAAAAAGGCAACGAGACGCCCAACACGAUUCCGGCCGACCUCGUCUUCAUCAUCGACGAGAAGCCGCACCCGGUGUUCACCCGCGACGGCAACGACCUCGUCGUCACGCAGAAGAUCCCUCUCGCCGAGGCCCUGACGGGGUACACCGUCCACCUGACGACGCUGGACGGGCGCAGCCUCACGGUCCCGAUCAGCUCCGUCAUCCACCCGGGGUACGAGGAGGUGGUUCGCGGGGAGGGCAUGCCGGUCCCCAAGGACCCAUCGAGGAAGGGCAACCUCCGGAUCAAGUUCGACAUCAGGUUCCCGACGAGGCUCACGGCGGACCAGAAGUCCGGCGUGAAGAGGCUGCUCGGGCAGUAGAGCGAGCUAGUUGCACAGAGACGGAGCUCUGUUCUGUAUCGUCAGACAUUUUUCGAGUUCGUCCUUUGAUGGGGCAAUGCAGCUUCUGUGUGUGAGAAACUAGUGACGUUAUACGGUGCAUAGGAUUCCUUGUAAAAUCUUUCAGAUCGAUGUUUGUUCGGUUGUCCAUAGCGUUGGAAGGGCUGGGAUGAAAUAAUCAAGCGUAGAUUUUGCAGUACCUAUGUUAAGAAUUAUAUUGGUAACAGUAUAAGCGAUAUCGAUAUUUGGGGGCAAAAGUACGAAAUGUUGGUAUUGCGUUUUGCUAA